GGGCCCGCCGUGCAAGCCCCCCGAGGACAGCCCCUCCCGGGUGUGCAGGAGAGGAGGGCAGGGUCCAGGGGGCUGGCUUCUGGGGUCUCCUCCCGGAGCUGCAAAGCGAGAGUGGCUGAGGCCAGGACCUCUCGCAGCGAUCCGGCGGGUUUCCUCGUCUGCGGAACCGACCCUGUGGUCCUUGCACCUGUCAGCUUCCUUCCCAGGGCGGCGGCGGCGGCGGCGAGGUCCCCGCAUUCGGCUCCACACCCCAUGCGGGGCUUGAACUCAGGACCCUGAGAUUAAGAGUCACAUGCUCUCCCGACUGAGUCGGCCGGGAGCCCCUCUAUCCAUCUACUUCAGAGCUGACUAGGAAGGGUUCUGGAUCUUCCCUGGCCAGGGGAUUUCUCCUGGCCUCUAGCCAUGCGUCUCUCUGCCCUGCUGGCCUUGGCUUCCAAGGUCACUCUGCCCCGAGACUACCGCUAUGGGAUGAGCCGCCCAGGCUCUCUUGCAGACAGGAGGAAGAACCCUCCAGGGACCAGGCGGCGCCGGGUGGCUGUGGAACCCAUCUCUGACGAAGAAUGGCAUCUGUUCUGUGGGGACACGGUGGAGAUCCUCGAAGGCAAGGAUGCUGGGAAGCAAGGCAAAGUGGUUCAAGUCAUCCGGCAGCGCAACUGGGUGGUCCUGGAGGGACUGAAUACACACUACCGCUUUGUUGGCAGAACCGGGGAGGACCGGGGAACCAUGAUCCCUAGCGAAGCACCCUUGCUCCACAACCAGGUCAAACUUGUGGACCCCGUGGACAGGAAGCCCACUGAGGUGGAAUGGAGAUUCACGGAGGCAGGAGAGCGGGUACGUGUCUCCUCAAGAUCAGGAAGAAUUAUCCCCAAACCUGAUUUUCCCAGAGCUGAUGGCAUCGUCCCUGAAACAUGGACCGAUGGUCCCAAAGACACCUCAGUGGAAGAUGCUCUAGAAAGAACCUAUGUGCCCCGUUUAAAGACACUGGAGGAGGAGGUGAUGGAGGCCAUGGGGAUCCAGGAGACUCGGAGACACAAGAAGGUCUACUGGUAUUGAACCUGGGGGAGCAGCCUCUCCCCUCCUUGUCUUCACCUUGAAGGCCAGGGCUACCUCUUCUCCAGACCCCAAUAAAGAGCCAUGAGUCUUC